AUGCGGUUAUCUCUGGUUGCCCUCGGCGCCAUAUGGGCUUCCAGCUCCCUGGCCUCUCCAGCGCAGCCAUCCAAUUACCGCAAACCAACUUCCAAGGGCUUUCGCAUGCAGCAUGGCUUUGAGACCGUCCUGGUGCAGCCAUUUGGCUAUGAUGGGUUCCGGGUGCGAGCCUGGCCAUUCCGGCAGCCAACGGGCCAAGAGGUUGGGUUUGUCUAUGACCCUCCCCUCGAAGGACCAGAGGAUGGAGAGGCACACGGAAUGACCUUUGACAUCGCGUUCAACGGUAACCGAUCGGAGGAGCUGCGUAAUGGUAACAUGGUUGUUCGCACCUCCGGGUGGGGUGGUAACCCGGGAGGCUACCGUCUUGCCUUCUAUCGUGUCGAGGGCGAUGGCUCGGAAACUCUCCUGACCAACGAGUAUGCGCCACUCAAAUCACUCAACCCGCGCUACUAUUCCUGGACCGGUCCAGGAAGUGAAUUUGCUGCCGAGUUCUCCUUCAGCACGACACCUGAAGAGCAAAUCUACGGCACAGGCACCCAGCAGGAUCAUCUUGUCAACAAGAAAGGCCUGACAAUUGACCUCAUCAAUUAUAACACCCACAUCCCCACACCGGUGUUCAUGAGUAAUAAAGGGUACGGAUUUAUUUGGAAUAUGGCCUCCACCGGUCGUAUGGAAUUUGGCCCCCUGCGCAACAGAUUCACUGCAGAUGCUGCAUCGGUUGUCGACUAUGUGAUUGUCGCAUCUCAUCCCAGUGACUACGACACGCUCCAGCAACGUCUCUCUGCACUCACCGGCCGCGCACCCACCCCGCCAGACUGGUCGCUCGGUUAUCUCCAAUCCAAGCUUCGAUAUGAAAACCAAAGCGAAGUAGUCUCGCUAGCUCAGCAGUUCCAAGACCACCAGAUCCCGGUGUCUAUGAUUGUCAUUGACUACCAGUCCUGGGCCCAUCAAGGAGACUGGGGUCUUGACCCAAACCUCUGGCCCGAUGUAGCCGAAAUGGCACGACAAGUCAAAGAGCUGACAGACGCCGAAAUGAUGGCCUCUCUUUGGCCCAGUGUGGCAGAUGACAGCGUGAACUAUCUAGAAAUGAUGGCGCAAGGAUAUUUGUCGGCGACUCGUUCCGGUCCCGGUACGACUGAUUCCUGGAAUGGGUCUUACAUUCGCAACUAUGACUCUACCAACCCAGGUGCACGUCGGUUCUUGUGGAAAACCUUGAAAAAGAAUUAUUAUGACAAGGGCAUCAAGAACUUUUGGAUUGAUCAGGCAGAUGGUGGGUCGCUUGGUGAGGCCUACGAAAACAAUGGUCAGAGUGAUUAUAUCCAGUCUCUUCCCUUCCCCAUGCCAGAUGCUUUGUAUGCGGCUGGCACACAGAAGAGUGUGGGGAAGCUCUAUCCGUGGGCCCAUCAGCAGGCAAUCGAGGAGGGAUUCCGCAACUCGUCCAAGACGGAUAUCGGCUCCCCCUGUGACUAUCUUUCCUUGAGUCGAUCUGGAUACAUUGGGUCUCAAAGAUUCUGCAGUAUGAUUUGGUCUGGUGAUACGACAGCCGUGUGGGAGACCCUAGGCGCACAGGUUGCCAGCGGAUUGUCCGCAGCAGCGACCGGUUGGGGUUGGUGGACACUGGAUGCGGGUGGUUUCCAGGAAGAUCCGACAGUCCCGUGGUCCGCGAACAUCGACCGCCCAGAAUAUAGGGAGCUCUACAUCCGAUGGCUGCAAUGGACUACCUUCCUGCCUUUCAUGAGAACGCAUGGCUCACGACAAUGCGACUUCCAGGACGCAUACACUUGUGCAAACGAGCCAUGGUCAUACGGCGCUGAAAACACUCCGAUCAUUGUCUCAUAUAUCCACCUCCGGUAUCAGCUGUCAGCCUAUCUCCGAGCCGUCUUUGCCCAACUCAACAAGACCGGUCGGAUGAUCAUGCGCCCCCUGUACAUGGACUUUGAGAAAUCAGAUGGUCAUGUCGCUGGGUGGACACAAACAAAUACCAACGUCACCACACAGCAGUACAUGUUUGGCCCACGAUUGCUGGUGAGUCCUAUUACGACUCCAAAUGUGACUGAGUGGUCGGUAUACCUGCCCCAAACGGCCGAUAACACAUCAAAACCAUGGACUUAUUGGUGGUCCAAUGAGACCUAUGCUGGUGGCCAGACAGUUAUAGUCCCAGCACCAAAGGAACACAUCCCACUGUUCCAUUUGGGCAGCCGGGCGGCCAUUCUCGAUGGACGCGUCUUUGCGUAG